AGUUCUUCUCUAUUUCAUGUUUGACUGCACUGCUAUUUGACAUCUGCAAUUUGUUUGGGAGACGAAGCCGCUUUCAUCAAAAUUUGACUAAUCACUGUCUGAUCACUGAGAAUUUACUGUAUACGCGAAAUUUCUUUUGCCAUCUGCUGUAUUCAAGAUGUUUCUAACCCGUUCGGAGUAUGACCGCGGCGUCAACACAUUCAGCCCCGAAGGAAGGCUGUUCCAAGUGGAAUACGCAAUUGAAGCAAUAAAAUUAGGUUCGACGGCAAUCGGUAUCUGCACUUCGGAAGGCGUCGUGUUGGCCGUCGAAAAGAGGAUCACCUCGCCCUUGAUGGAGCCCACGACCAUAGAGAAGAUCGUGGAAGUCGAUCGUCAUAUUGCAUGUGCUGUUUCUGGCCUUAUGGCCGAUUCGCGGACGUUGGUAGAGCGCGCGCGUGUUGAAUCCCAAAACCACUGGUUCGUGUACAACGAGCGCAUGAGCGUGGAGUCGUGCGCGCAGGCCGUGUCCAACCUGGCGAUACAGUUCGGAGACAGCGACGAUGACAGCGGCACCGCCAUGUCCAGACCGUUUGGUGUGGCUGUAAUGUUUGCCGGUAUUGAUGAGAAAGGUCCCCAGCUAUUCCACAUGGACCCUAGUGGAACAUUUGUACAGUAUGAUGCUAAAGCCAUAGGCUCGGGAAGUGAGGGCGCACAGCAAAGUUUGAAGGAAGUCUACCACAAGUCAAUGACAUUGAAAGAGGCGAUUAAGUCUGCCCUGACCAUCCUAAAGCAAGUUAUGGAAGAAAAGCUCUCUGAGAAUAAUGUGGAGGUGGUCACAAUGACCCCAGGGUCCAUGUUCCACAUGUUCACAAGGGAGCAACUUGCAGAGGUCAUAAAAGAUAUACCUUGAGUCGGUGUAGUGUUGGGUGCGGUGGGGUUUGUGGCAUUGGUUGCAAUGUUAGUGAAUAAAAUUGUAUAAAUGCACUUUUAUGGAGUAUCCAGGGAAUCAUGGAUGAUCAGUAUUUCUUUGUUUUAUAUUCCUACUAUAUUUAACCAAAGGGUUAUAAAGUGACAAUAGAUAAAAGCCCUCAUUAAUGUGCUAUAAUGUGAAAUAAUACACAUUAUAUAAAUUCCAAAAUUACUAAUGGUUAUGCCACGAAAAUGCCACAAACCUCGCGUAUCGCCUAGUUGCCGUAAUGUACAAUGUUGUCGAGUAAUGUUUGAAAUAAAUAGAAUUUUAUAUCUCUUGUAUGACACAUAUUAUUUAAAGUAAUUUUGUUUGGUGUUUGGUGUAGAUCAAGUUGCUUAAACUCGAGUUUUUAUGUAUUUGUCGUAUCUUAGUAUAUUAAUUACACUGAGUUAUCUCAGAUUACUGUAUAAAAAUUGUCGAAAGUAGACAUAGGCAUAUUAUUUUUACACCAUAGAUACUAAAAGUAAUGGGUAAAAUAAGGAUAUUUUUAAAUACACCAAUAAAAAUAAAGUAAAAAUAGAACACCUUUUAUAGAGUAGUAUAAGGACCUUGCUAUCUAUUGGAACUUUUUGACAUUUACCGAUGUUUCGUUCAUUUUAUUUUAUUCUUUUUAUGAAUGAAUUUUAUGCCUUUUAUUUUGAGUAAUAAUUUAUAACCAAAUAUUUGAAAAUAGAACAGCAGUUUCUAAAAGAAGUUCCAUUGUGUUUUGGCGGGAUCUUAGAUGUUAAUUAAUCCGUAUAUUCUGUAACAUCUUUAUAAGUUUACAGUAUCUGUUAGCAAUAAUCGCUAUGUCGACAUAAAAAAUAUAUAUUUAAUUUUAAAUAUUACUGGCACGUCGUCGUGCGGUCAACGUAAGUAAGUAUAACUUGUUUAAUAAAAUAUAUCAUUUAA